AUGAAAUAACCUAAAAAACUUUUAUCAGCCGGUUAACAACAUAAUAAUAUGUACAUGUGUAUGUAUAGUCUUGCUUCCUGUACUUAUAUACAUAAGUAUAUAUGUAUUUAACACUAAAAUUUUAACUCCCUCACGAAAUCCAUUUAAAAUUAUGUGCCCGGUAAAACCUUAAACAAAAAACCAUCUAAAAUAACCCAAUCGAGUAAUUCGAAAAACUAAAACAAACUAAUUUAAACAAAUUAAAACUAAAAACGUUUUGUCUGAACUUUAAAACUAAACACUCAUGGAAAGUGACAUGCAGAAAUGUGGUCAACGAGCUCUAACGCUCACUAUCUUUCUUCACUUCUACAUCAUCCUCUUACUACCAAACGGGACUUUGGCAGGAUAUAACGAGAAAAAGCUCUUACAUAAACUUCUAGACCAUUACAACGUAUUAGAAAGACCGGUAGCAAAUGAGUCUGAUCCUCUCCAAUUAAGUUUUGGGCUCACGCUAAUGCAAAUCAUCGACGUGGAUGAAAAAAAUCAGUUGCUGAUAACCAACAUCUGGUUGAAACUGGAAUGGAACGAUAUGAAUUUAAGAUGGAACGCAUCGGAUUAUGGGGGUGUAAAGGAUCUCCGCAUACCCCCGCAUCGCUUAUGGAAACCUGACGUACUCAUGUAUAACAGUGCCGACGAGGGAUUCGACGGCACUUACCCCACGAAUGUGGUGGUAAGAAAUAACGGAAGCUGCAUGUACGUACCGCCAGGCAUUUUCAAAAGCACAUGCAAGAUAGACAUCACAUGGUUCCCGUUCGAUGAUCAGAGAUGCGAGAUGAAAUUCGGAAGCUGGACUUACGAUGGUCUACAAUUGGACUUACAACUGCAAGAUGAUGCAGGAGGCGACAUCAGCAAUUUUAUUACGAACGGUGAAUGGGACCUGCUAGGUGUACCGGGAAAAAGGAACGAGAUUUACUACAACUGCUGCCCGGAACCGUACAUAGACAUCACGUUCGUGAUAAUAAUCAGAAGACGGACGCUGUACUAUUUCUUCAAUCUGAUCGUGCCGUGCGUGCUGAUCGCCUCGAUGGCCGUACUCGGCUUCACCCUGCCGCCGGACUCCGGCGAGAAACUGUCGCUCGGCGUCACCAUCCUCCUCUCGCUCACCGUCUUCCUCAACAUGGUGGCCGAGACGAUGCCCGCCACAUCGGAUGCGGUACCGUUGCUCGGCACCUACUUCAACUGCAUCAUGUUCAUGGUCGCCUCGUCCGUCGUCUCAACCAUCCUCAUCCUGAACUACCAUCAUAGGAACGCCGACACACACGAGAUGUCCAAUUGGAUAAGGACAAUAUUUUUGAUUUGGCUGCCGUGGAUCCUGCGCAUGCACAGGCCACCGGGGUCACCCGACUACGGACCACACAAUCGGCCUGCACCGAUGAUCGCUGAGAGAAAACCCAUACAUUUUCCAGACGUAGAGAUGAAAGAAAGGUCAUCCAAGAGUCUACUGGCUAACGUGCUAGAUAUAGAUGAUGAUUUCCGACACAAUCAUCGCGGUGGCGGUACACCCACGCCAAUUCCACCAUCCUCUUUCUUUAGAUCAGUCUACAGACAAACUGAAGAUAACGGUAACGGAGCUCGUGUACCAGCACCACCGGAACCAGUAGUAGCACCCCACAGUUGCAUAAACGCCGACUACGAAUUGGCCAUGAUCCUAAAAGAGAUAAGAUUCAUCACGGAUCAGAUGCGGAAGGACGACGAAUCGGCGAAUAUAACCAGAGACUGGAAAUUCGCAGCCAUGGUGGUGGACAGAUUGUGCCUUAUAAUCUUCACACUGUUUACGAUCAUAGCAACUUUAGCAGUGUUAUUCUCGGCGCCUCACAUUAUUGUCUCGUAGCCCAGCGCUCCUGUAACUGGCACGCCAUCUCCAGAUUAGUCGCUUUAGUCGUACCAUCGGUACCACUAAGGUGUCACCCCAUAGUUCUUUCUAUCAGACCAUAAUUGUUAAUUGAGAAUGCCGGAUUGAAAGCAACGACAAUAAAUUUCGGUUAUGGGCACCACCACCAAGUCGGCCGCACCUCAUCAAACCGUCUUCCAACCAAUCGAUCACUUCCUAGCGCCAAUCAAUCUUGUCUUCACCAAACAACUGGGGUGCGGAUGGACGUCCGCAUCCGUUCGGGCAUCGUUCACACACCGCGAUGGCUAGUGCCAAAUGAUUUUCGUCGAACGGGCCCUCUUGGUGGUCGGCGGACCCGUUCUGUCUUUGAUUGAUUCAAUUCGUCAGUAGACUCCUAAUUUUUUAAAAAGACUGAACGUAUUAACAAUUAAAAAUCUUCAAAGCUGUUCCUUCAACGUUACAUUUAAGCACUGGAAUGGUGUCAACUACACACAUUGGUUUAACAUCCCGUCUUCUUGAUUACAUAAUAAAAUUUAUAUAUUGGUACAUAACAUUUAAAUAAAAAAAUGAAUAAAAAAAAAAUAAAAAAAAAAAAAUUAAUUAAACCGACUAAAACUCAGCUUAAAGCAUAGUGUGUUAUUUUUUAAGAAGUGCUAUAGAAGAAUUUAGAUGAAUUCCAGGACUAAUUCUUCUAUGUAGUUAAACUAAAAGUAUAAUAAUAAAACAAAACUAACUUAGAGGCGCAUUGCUCGUAUGCAAUAAACUAAAACUAAUAAAAUUAUGUUUUCAGUUUUGAUAUGUACUGAUAUAUCUCUGAUUAUAAGAAACUGUGGCAAUUUGGAGAUGACGGUCAGGCGGAUCUAGGGCUUGAAAAAAAAACAUGGUGUGCGUCCUAGUUUUCAAACAAAAAAAAAAUGAAAAAACAUGGCUCAUACCAUAAUUUUAGAUAAAAAAAACCCGCGAUUUUCCCUAAAUCGCUGCCAAAUUGAGGUUCAUUACAAUUGGCAGUCUUUUUUACUGGAAUUUGGUUAUGUAUCGUGUUUUUUAGAUAUUAACACAAAUAUACUGUGAUAAAACAAGUUAAAUAUUGGGUUAGCCACAUAUAUUAUCGCAAGAUAUAUUCGGAAAAAUUAUUAAGCUCUAAAAGCCCAAAGUUUUGUUGUUUUACCUUUAGUACCCGUUUUGGUUCCCCGUCGAGAUGUUGGUGAUAAUGUUCUAGGUGCCACAACUCAAGUAAUACCCAUGAAUUGCAUGAAAGAACAAUUUUGAAGUAAUAAUGCUGUAAAUAAUUUAUUUAUACCGAAGCUAGACUUGGCAACAGUGCAACAUUAUGGCACAUCUCGCGGCUUAAUUAAUAAAAAUCCGUUCCUAGUCUAGUUGUUUUGAUCGUGAUAUCACGCGUAUUUAUAGGAUUUUUCGUGUGACCCCCGGUGCUAAUUUUUUUAGUAAUAAAAAUAUCGAGAAAAUUCCUAUAAAUGUAAAUCGAAAUCUACUCGUUCAGUAGGUGAGACGUUAGGUUCUAUUUUACAUGUCCUCGAUAUUGAAAAAAAAAAUUUUUGGUUCAAUUAGGACAAUAUUGAUGAUAAAUUAGAUAUUUUUUAUUAGGAUGAGGAUUUUUGCUCAAAGAACCUAUUUAAAUCUGCGUACCUGCCAUUUAAGAUUUACAUUGAAGUAACGUUAAAAAUUAAUAAAAACGAAUUAAUUGAAUGUCCCACAGCCAAAUAGGAAUUAGAGGAUGGUGAUGUGUGCAAUUUAAAUUUCCUUUCUCGUUGCCAAAUUAGUGACCGAUUAUUAAAUCGUUAAAUUCGUACAUUAGUCCUAUCAUAAAAAGGUCAAACUUCAAUUUUAAUAAAAUCCUUGCUGGGUGGUUGUGAAGGUGAAGGUUGACCCUUGAUCCAAACGACAAAUAAAGGGAGAGUUCGAAUUAAAUUCUAACCGUUGAAUAGACUAGAAAAAAACAAGUACGAUAAUGCACUAAGAUGAAGCAAAUCCCCUUUACACAAGGAAAUUUUCCAAGACUGUUUAGAUACUAGGAUAACAGUAAAGUAGAUCUUUAGAUCGUUGAUACUUGAAUUUAUUUGUAUCAAAUAUCAAUGGUAUAUUCCCGUUUAUAAGUGAGUGCGUCGCUUUUAGAGCUUAACAAUAACACCGGACUUAUCCCGAUGAAAAUUUGAAAAAAAAUUGGAAACCCGACAAUAGUAUUUGUGCAGUAUUUUAGUAACAAGGCGAAUCGAAGUUUUCUUAAACACGUGCCGCAUUAUUAUUCAAUUGUUGUUGAGGCAUUUUAUUUUAUACAACAUGUUCCAUCUACUAAAUACGGGACAUUGGGAACAUGAGAACCAUUUAUUUUUUAACGAAGACAUGCACAUACAUAAAAAUGUGUCACUUCUGUUUGUUUCCAUGAGAUCUCGUUAUAUUUUAGUCAUGAAACUUAAUGUAAAUAAGUUUUGAAAUAUCGUUUGUGCAUUAAAAUAUAACGACAAUAAUAUUAAUAAUAAAAUAACAGGACAAAGAUCACAUGCAGUAAACUAAUAGAGCCGAAUCCUGUGUUUUGUGUUUAGAAUGAACUGAUUGUAUAAUAUAUUAAUGUAGACUAUAUUAAUUCUCUUGUAAAUGAUAAAUUAAUUGUUACACUCUCAAAAAUGCAUAACUAAAAGUUAAAUAAGUAAAAAAUCGUUGGCAAGGUUAGUAGUUUACCAAACGUUAAUAUAUUUAAAAGUGUUUUAUGUACAAAUGUUUGCUUAAGCUCACCAGUUAGAUUUGUGUCCCUGACAAUAAGCCCAGCAUCCAACCCAAUCAGUCCUUGCCUUCUUGGUGAUCCACUCUUUAAUGUUAUAUGUGUUAAGUUUUAAGCAAACAUUGUGUAUGACCAAGCUAUAAAAUCUCUCAGAUUCAAGUUUCUUUCCACGUUGAUUUAAGGUCGGUUACUUUGCAAGAGGUAAUAUGGCUUGCCAGACGUUCAUUUUGAGUAGAAUUAUCGCAUCUAUCGAAAGGAAAUACCUGUAUAUAGUGGCCCCAUUUUAGAAAAUAGUUAAUAAGGACUUCGUACAUAUCUUCACAUGUAUCGUUCAAUCGAAAAUCAAAUGAAAUGUCUAAUAAAAGAUAAAUAAAUGAACAGACGACAAUUAGAUUGCGAAUUUGAGACAUAUCGGGAGUUCAAACAUUUUAAUCUAUCUUUUUUAAUCAAUCCGUUACACACAGAUGGAAAUAUUUGAAUUUCGUAGAACCGUCUGUUAUUUCAUUUGCUUUUUUAAUUGAUCAUACGAUAAAAUGUACAGAGUAUUACUCAAGAUUAGUCAUGAUUUGAGUGCAGAGGCCGUUGGAAGGAGGUUCGAAGUUAUGUAGUAUCACAUAUGCACGUUUUGGUUAGGCCAGGGCUUGAAAUUAACAGGAAGUUGCUGACCAUUGACAAACGCUCUGAACGUGUGUUUAUCACGUCCAAAAGUUGCCUUAGAUCUGUUACCUACUGUUGAUGUUGGUGGUCAAAAAUCUUGUUUAAAGACUUGUUUGAGGAACCUUUUUGACCAGCUUCAAGCAAAAAUAUCUCCCUCAAAGGAACAACAAAGUCAAUACGUAAAUUUUUGUUAGCUCAUUAGAAAACUUUUGGAUUGUAAACAUAUGCAACAACACCAAGAGCAAACCACAAGGGCCCUGGCAUAACUGAAGUUGCUACGACAUUUCACUUGUCAAAAUACGGAGUGCAUCAACUGAGAAGAAAAUAAAUCGUGAUACCAUGUUUAUGUUCAUUUGGAGAUGAUUUGCUUUCAAUUUGUCUUUUGUUCAGCAAUAAUUACAAAGUUUAAGUUUGUAAAUAGUUACCACAACUCGGAUUCAACCAUUUCAUUUCGAAUGAGAUGCUCAAUGUGGAUGUAAAAUGUAACGCAUUCAUGAAACAAUUUAUGCUCAACACAAACAAAAUCUCGGUGGUUAAAUUCGAUGGGAAAGCAGAUUGAAAUCAUUUCAUGUGACGGACUGUAACAGAUUUCAGAUAAAAUUAAAUAUAUACUAGAUGUUUUCCUUGCAAAUAUUUUUGUAUUUCUUUCUGGUCUUUGUAAAUACGAUGUAUGUAUCUCGUAUCUUUCGAAAUCUGUUGGGUGUCCGGAUUAAAAAAAAAAAACACAAAGAUGUUUCUUGCCAACUUAAUUUGAUGUCUUUAAUAUAAUGGAAAAGGCAACUAAAACGGCUGACAAUGUUAGGUCAUCUAUCUCUCUUAAGGAUGUAAAUUUUAGUGAUGAAAUAAUUUUUGAAAAAGUGCAAACUCAAAAAAAUCACAUUAAAAAUUGCAAAUCUUUUUCGAUGAUAUCUGUAAUAUUAAGUAAUAAAUUUCAAGUUAUAUUGUUAUAUAAGUAAGUAAUUUCCAAAGUACUAUUAUAAUUUAAAAAAAAUGCUAAUCGGAUUAUAAAUAAUAUUUAAAAAAUCGACAAUCCAUUUUGAUUCAGACAGUUCGUAAUAAAAAUCAGUUAGACCGACGUAUUGUGAUAAACACAUACAUAGGUGUGUGGUUUGUGUCUUUCACAAUAUUGCCAAUGAAAUGUUUUCUACUAAGGUGAUAAAUUGUA